CGCUUUUCAAAUAGUUGCCAUUGUCCCACAAGAUGGCACGAUAAGCCUGAGAGUGGUGUUGCUAUAUGUGGUUCUUACUUAUUAAUUCUGGUAACUGUACAUAUUGUGAAAAUUGUUGGCGUUUCGCAAAACAUACGCGCACAAACAGUAUAGUGAAUCCAUACAUGCACACAUAAAUUCAGUUCACAGAGUUAUAUAAGUGCCAGUAGAAAGUCUGUCUGUGAUAUGUCUAGUCGACCACGCCAAAGACGCACACGUUUCACCAGUGGAAGUACUGUAGACGAAGCAUCUUGUCGUCCGAAGAAGGUGCAUAUGAGCCCAGUGCAUCAGUGUAAAUCUCAAUGUAAUGAGCAGCAUACUUCUUUACCGUCUUCACCGAAUUCUCCUUAUUUGGAUUCAGCAAAUAUGCUGUUCCAUAAUUCUGACAUUGGUCUGAGUAAUUAUGUUAACCAGAAAGAUAUUCCUGUUGAUCGUCCUGAUGCAGCUGAAGAUGAGAAUUCAUUUGCAUCAAGCAUGUUCUCCGAAAAGCUUGUCCAACCGGAAUUAAAUUUGGCCGUUGAACCUACAUCCACAACUGAUCAUGAAUCGUUAAAUCACGAAAAUUCAUCUGUUGGGAAUAGAUUGUUGAAUUCUCAUUCAAGCACAAUGCGAGAUUCAGAUUCCCAUGUUAAUAUGGACGGGAUCUUAAUGCAAAGUGAGAGGAUGGUCUUAACUCCAAGCGCGGUUGCAACAGAUGAGGCUGGCAGCUCUGAGGGAGAGUAUGAAAAUGAGGGUCAAGACUCAAAUAUACAUCAGGCAAAUUCUUCACUUCAUCAUAGUCCUUGUAGAAAUAGAACAGGUAAAUCUAGCAUGGUUGGUACUUCAUGCAGUCAGCCAUUGGAACUUGUUGAGUCUGAAUCACAGGAAAGUACGUAUUCUAAUUCAGCCAAAGCUUCUGUUUUGGAUUCCAUAUCACCUAAAUUAACUGAAUGCAAUUCUGAAAGGUCCGGGAAUUUGUCAACACGAAGCUCUAAUACAAACAAACCAAAUGAAUUUCUAGAAUCGUCAACAUCAAAUUGCUUUGUUGCACUGGUUAAGUGCAGUUCUCCACUUGAAAUUCUUUCUAACCAAACGUUGCCUGGAACUGCUGACUGUCAUCAAAGUGCAUCUUGCUUUCGAAAAUCGUCAGCUUUCACUAAUGCAAAUAAUUACCGUGAUUUUUCUAGCAAUGAUGAUAUGAUGUUAGCAACCUGUCAUUCUUGUUGCUCUCACAGAUGCACCAAUCGAAACUGUGAUGAGGAUGAGGUGAAACCGGUUCCUUGUAGUUCAACAGAUCAACUUUCACAACAUGAUUUUCAUCCAGCUAUAAAAUUGGCCGAUUUCUCUCGGGAAUCUCAACAUAACGAUGUUGUUAUAAAGUCCGAACCACCUUCAGUAUUCAGUGCAGCUGGUGACAGUAGCAACAACUUUCUGUCGAAUCAACAUCAAGUGGUUAAAAAAUGUGAAGAAGUGUUCUCAGAAAAUGUUCCUUCCUUUUCCCCUGGUAAGAUAUGAUUCAUUUGGUGCAUUUUAAAACAUUUCACGAGGCUCCAUUUACUUUGUUCAGUUCACCUCUUCACAUAGUAUACCUAGACACUUCCCGUGUCAGAUUGUUUUAGUGGAUGAUCGGAUGAUAUUUUUUGCUUGAU